AUGGCGCGCGCGGUGGGGCCGGAGCGGCGGCUCCUGGCCGUCUACACCGGCGGCACCAUCGGCAUGCGGAGCGAGCGCGGCGUGCUCGUCCCCGGGAGGGGCCUGGCCGCAGUUCUGAGGAUGCUGCCCAUGUUCCACGACGAGGAGCACGCUCGGGCCCGUGGCCUCCCUGAGGACACCCUGGUGCUGCCGCCAGCCAGCCCCGACCAGAGGGUCUUCUACACAGUGCUGGAGUGCCAGCCCCUCUUUGACUCCAGUGACAUGACCAUCACCGAGUGGGUGCAGAUUGCCCAGAUCAUCGAGAGCCACUACGCGCGGUACGACGGCUUUGUGGUCAUCCACGGCACCGACACCAUGGCCUUCGCCGCCUCCGUGCUCUCCUUUGUGCUGGAGAACCUGCAGAAAACCGUCAUCCUCACCGGGGCCCAGGUGCCCAUCCACGCCCUGUGGAAUGACGGCCGGGAGAACCUGCUGGGCGCCCUGCUGCUGGCCGGCCAGUACGUGAUCCCCGAGGUCUGCCUGUUCUUCCAGAAUCAGCUGUUUCGGGGCAACCGGGUGACCAAGGUGGACGCGCGCAGGUUCGCAGCCUUCUGCUCCCCCAACCUGCCGCCUCUGGCCGCGGUGGGCGCUGACGUCACGAUCAACCGGGAGCUGGUGUGCAGAGUCCGUGGGCAGGGCCGGCUGGUGGUGCACAGCAGCAUGGAGCGGAACGUUGGCCUGUUGCGCCUCUACCCUGGGAUCCCCGCCUCCCUGGUCCGGGCCUUCCUGCAGCCCCCCAUGAAGGGUGUGGUCAUGGAGACCUUCGGCUCCGGGAAUGGGCCCACCAAGCCCGACCUGCUUCAGGAGCUGCGGGCGGCGGCCGAGCGUGGCCUGGUCAUCGUCAACUGCACCCACUGCCUCCAGGGUGCCGUCACCUCCGAUUACGGAGCUGGCGUGGCCUUGAGUGGUGCCGGGACAGUGCCGGGCUUCGACAUGACGUCCGAGGCGGCACUGGCCAAGCUGUCCUACGUGCUGGGCCUGCCGGGGCUGAGCCUGGACAGCAGGAAGGAGCUGCUGGCCAGGGACCUGCGCGGGGAGAUGACGCCGCCUGCUGCGGACGAGCCCCGGCCCUCUCUGCAGGGCAGUGUGCUGGGGCGCGGGAUCGCCCAGCUCCUCAGUCUGAGACAGGAGGCCGAUGAGGUGUGGGAUGCCCUGGUGCCCAGCCUGGCCUGUGCCGCAGCCUACAUGGGCGACCUGGAGGCUCUGCAGGUGCUGGUAGAGCUGGGCAGUGACCGGAGCCUGGAGGACUUCAGUGGCCAAACCCCACUGCACGCAGCCGCCCGGGCUGGCCAGGCUGGGGCCGUCACCAUGCUGCUACAGAGAGGGCUGGACGUGAACGCCCGGGACAAGGGCGGCCUCAGCCCCCUGCUGCUGGCCGUGAGGGGCAGGCAUCGGGGUGUCAUUGGCCUGCUGAGGGCAGCUGGGGCCUGCCUGUCUGCCCAGGAGCUGGAGGACUCAGGGACGGAGCUGUGCCGGCUGGCAUCCAGGGCGGACUUCGAGGGCCUGCGGGCAUGGGGGCAGGCGGGGGCCGACCUGAGGCAGCCCGGGUAUGAUGGGCACAGCGCACUGCACGUCGCAGAGGCAGCUGGGAACCUGGAAGUGGUGGCCCUCCUGCAGAACCUUCAGGGUGGGGCUGGUGACCAGGCCCUGGGCCCAGUGCCUGGGCUUGUCCGUCUGCCCUGCUCCCAUGCAGUACCUGGGCCUCCACUCCUUCUCCAGAGACCUCCCUUUUCCAGGAAGGGCUGCCUGCUGUCUAACCUGAAGCUCUCCUGCUGCGGCGCGAGCUGUUCCUUCCUGUUGAGACCUGCUGGAGGGACGGCGCUGCCCGGGCGCCCCCCCCCCGCCCCCCCCGGCCCUGACCCUGCUGUGCACUCCCGGCCUCUGUCCCCCGCCCCCAACCCUGCUGCGGAAGCCGCUUCCCAUUCUGUGUCCAGGACGCAGCCUGAAGGACGUCGUUGGGGAGAGUGGCCAUAA